AUGGAUUUUGUUUCGCUGGUGAAGCAAGGAGGCUUGCUGUGGAAGGCUUGGGUGGCUUGCCACUAUGAACGCAGGCUGAAGCGCCAGGACUACUUGAGUGCGGAUCUGAAGAGCACAUGUGAAUUUUUAAUCGAAAACCUGCGUGAGGUUCCACUCAGAUGCCUAGGUCAUCUGAUGCUGGGCAUCUUGAGAAUCUUGUUGAGACAGGCUGAAGACCUCGAAAGCAAAGCCGACGAGGUGCGCACAUCACUCCAAACCAGCCUCUCAGCAGGUUUGCCAACCGUUCCCACUUUGGCUGCUUCAGCCGUGACCCUGCGAAAUGUGGAGCAGGUGCAUCCUCUGGAUUUUGGCGGUGUCGGAGGGCUUGAUGCGCUCAUGGAAGAGUUGCCAGAGAUGGAGAUCGAAGCCAGCUUGGAAGAGGGCAGGCGGCAUGUAGCUCCUCUCGAGCUCAUCACACUCAGUCCCGAGCCAGCUUCAUCCGCCAAGCGGUCGGCAGCGGGUCCUGCAGAAGAUGAUUUCGGGGCGCCAAGUGCGGAGGACCUAGCUUCGCUGGCUGCCAUGGGGCAAGUGGCUUUGGCUCAGAUCCAAGAGGAGGCUUGCGCUGCGCGCGAUGCCGAGCCCACAGAGCAGAAAGAGGCUCCGCGAGGUUCUCCUGGUCCAGAGACCAAAGAGACCUUGCCACCCAUCGACUUCUUGCUGGGAGCGGCAUCUCCGGGAGACUCCCCUCCAGCGGACAUCCUCAUGCAAACAGAGGGAGGAGCUUCGGACGGCGAAGGCGAAGACCUGGCCGCUGCGGCCGAAGCCGCGGCCCUCGAAGCGGAGGCCUUCGCGGCGGAAGCUGAGCAAGCUGCGGCAGAUGCAGAAGCUGCUGCUCGUUGCUUGCAGGAGGGCCUGGGCGAGCUGCCUGUGGACUUCCUGCUGAGAGAUGCAGAAGAGGAUGUUCCCAUGCAGCUACUGCAGCCAUUGUUUCCUCCCAAUUUGGAGGAAGAGGCAUGCUUGGAUUUGCUACCCAGAGUCCAGGAGGAGGCGCUCCAGGAGGUGCAGGAGGCACAGGAGCUGAUGCCCAGGCAGAAACGGCGGCGCAAGAGGAUUUGGCUCGAUGACAAAGCCACUCACAUUCCAGACAAGAAGUACGAUGACCCCAAAAAGAUCACCCACGAGAAUGCUCUGGAGUAUGGCCUGCUGCUACCACACCAGAGUCCGACCGUCGGUCUGACCACUUUCUUGGGCGACUUGUGCCCGCUGUUGUGUGCUCCGCUGCGACGCGCAGCUGAUAUUGGAGCAAGGCGGAGGCGGGCCAGGGCCGAGGAUUCAAGCUUACCUUCGCCGCCAAAGCCGCCUUUGGGACAGCCCAGGUUGAUGGAUUCCAGCUUGCCCGCCACCCUCCAAGAGGAAGCCGAGGAGUCGACCUUGCCUUCGCCGCCCAAGCCGGCGCCAUUGGCACCGCUGAUGGAAUCCAGCUUGCCCGCCACCCUCCAAGACGAGGAAUCGACCUUGCCUUCGCCGCCCAAGCCGGUGUCUUUGGCACCGUUGAUGGAUUCCGAAUUGCCCGCCGCCGUCCAAGAGGAGGCCGAGGAGUCGACCUUGCCUUCGCCGCCCAAGCCGGUGUCUUUGGCACCGUUGAUGGAUUCCGAAUUGCCCGCCGCCGUCCAAGAGGAGGCCGAGGAGUCGACCUUGCCUUCGCCGCCCAAGCCGGUGUCUUUGGCACCGUUGAUGGAUUCCGAAUUGCCCGCCGCCGUCCAAGAGGAGGCCGAGGAGUCGACCUUGCCUUCGCCGCCCAAGCCGGUGUCUUUGGCACCGUUGAUGGAUUCCGACUUGCCCGCCGCCGUCCAAGAGGAGGACCAGGUGCCGGCAUCAGAAUGCGAAGUUACCGUGGCUCAGGUUGCAAGCUUUGAAAGCUUGCCGCCAGCAAAGCGGCAGGCUCACCAGAACGACAGUGGGGAGCUGGUAGCUAUCAAGGUGCCACUGGAGAUCACAGAGGUCAAAAUAGAAGAGGGGGUUGAGGCAGACUUGGACAAAGUUUCGGCCAAGCAGGGCAGAGAGCUUCGAGCAUCACUUCCAGAGGAGGCCGCCCUGUCCUUCCUGGAUCUUUGCGACUCGGACCAGUGCAGUGCAGAGGCUGCAGCAUGCCGCUUUGUUGACCUCCUGUCUCUACACAUGAGUGGAGCAGUGACCCUCCAGCAGGACGUGCCAUAUGCCGACAUCACAGUUGUGAGAGGGACAACGUGGGAGGCAUGGUGUGAAGAGUCCAGACGCGGUACCAAGCGCGAGUCACUCGCUGAACCUGCGGGCAGCUGA